AUGUCUACGGACCAGUACACGAUAAGAGAAUGGGAGCGGAUCUCCUAUCUCUGCCCACAGUCAAGCCAGGAGCACGUUCGGGAGGUAUGGAAUCUGAUCCUUAAACCCCUCUUCCCUCAUGUACCGACUGGUGGUAAGUGCUUCACCGUGACAGAUGAGGAUAACCAGGAUAGAUUUCCCCAGAUCGCGGUUACCCAUCUGAAUGGACGAUUUCCAACCCUCCCACUUUUCAAGGUUUGCUGCAUCGGAUUUGCCGACCCAGAUAUGGAUAUGUGGAAGGUCUUGGAAGAAGCAGUUGAGCUUGAUCUACUCGAGGCGUCGAGCGUUUUGGAGGGAAAGCCUCGGGCAAGUCUUUUUGCGGCUAUUGCAGUUGGUCCGCUGGUACGUUUCUACAGACUGGACGAGGAGGACUAUUUUUGCUAUGUUGAGCAUCGCGACCGAGAUGCGUACGACGUUCACAGGGAUUUCGACGUCAUUGUCGAACAUCUGCUCCAGAUUUGGGGCGCGAUGGCGUGA